GAUUUCACUAUAGACCACAUACGGAUGUAUAUAGAUGCAUUUUAAUAUGUAGAUUUACUCAUUUUGCUCUGUAUGUGGUCCAUAGUAAAAUCUCUUCAAAAACUUAUAUUUAAGAACGAGGGACUAUAUACGUGAUCUAAAAAAAAAAGCAUAGUAUAUACUACGUUUUGUAGCUCCUAGCGCUGAGCUAUCGUUGCCAGUACGUGUUCCGGGGUGAGCAAAUGGCGCCGGCGGCGACGGCCGGUCAGAGACCCACCUCGUCAACAACGGCGUCGGAGGCGGAAGCUAGGACGCCGAGAACCUCCGUCUCAUCGACGAGAUGACCUCCAACGUGGACGACGUGCAAGAGCGAGUCUUGGCCGAGAUCCUCUCCCGGAACGCCGCAACGGAGUACCUCAGGGACUGCGGCGGCCCCAUCGACCGCGCCACCUUUCGGGCCAUGGUGCCGGUGGUGUCGUACGACGCUCUCAAGCCGUACAUCAAGCGCAUCGCCAACGGAGACAGGUCGCCCGUCAUGUCGACGCACCCCGUCUCCGACUUCCUCACCAGCUCCGGCAACUCCGGCGGCGAGCGCAAGCUGAUUCCCAGCACCGCGGAGGAGGGCCGCCGACGCCAGCUUCCCUUCGGCCUCCUUAAGGCAGUCAUGAACUUGCACUUCCCUGGGCUUGACAAGGGGAAGGGGCUCUACUUUCUCUUCGUCAAGUCGGAGACCAAGACGCCGGGCGGGCUGACGGCGUGGCCGAUGAUGACAAGCAUUUGCAAGAGCGAGCAGUUCAAGGACCCCUUGCGCGACCACACGAGCCCGAGGGCGGCCGUGCUCUGCGCGGACACGUCCCAGAGCAUGUACGCGCAGAUAGUAUGCGGCCUGUGCCAGCGCCACGACGUGCUCCGCGUCGGCGCCGCCUUCGCCUCCGGCCUGCUGCGCGUCAUCCGCUUCCUCCAGCUCAACUGGGAGCAGCUCGCCGCCGACAUCGAGGCCGGCACGCUCGCCCCGUGCGCGAGCGACGCGUCGGUGCGCGAGGCGGUCGCCGGCAUCCUCCGCCGCCCGGACCCCGAGCUUGCCCGCUUCGUCCGGGACGAGUGCCGCACGGGCGAAUGGGCCGGCAUCGUCCCGCGCAUCUGGCCCAACGCGAGGUACAUCGAUGCCAUCGUCACUAGUGUCAGCAAAUAAUCCCGUUGAGCUGUUUGUUAUCCUCUAGUUUUUUCUUAGCUAAAAUAAAGGGCCAUGCAGCGUGGAAUCUGUUCCCGACUUGGCGUAGUUUCAGACUUUCAGUUAGUUUGUUUAGCUGAGCCGUCACAGGUGGAUCGUGGAUGGCACGAUUGUAAACAUGUGACGGCCACACCCUAGCGAUCGGGAGGACGUGGGAUGGCACGUCCGAUCAGCCCGCUCGUGGACCGGGUAUCUUGUAGUUUCUGUUCUGAAGCACUUGACUGAAUAAGAAGAAGAAAAAAGGCUGC